UUUACAGCGUUCAUUUCACUCGAGGGAGACGGAGGAGAACGAAACUUUGCCUUGUUUUGUUUGGAGGCGACAGGAAAACCUCGAGCCCUCCUUCAGCCAAACAAACGAAAACAAGUCCAGAUGUUUCAUGUCUGAGGGUCGCUGUCAUACGAGAACAGCCCAGAGGACUCAUCCCGCUCUUCGUCCGAGAUCUCGCUUCAUAUUUGAGGCAGCACUAAAUUGGUCUGGCUGGUGAGAAUGGAGCUGAAGGCUUUAGUUGGAGGUCUUUUCCUGAGUUUGCUUGUUCUCUGGAAUGUUUGUGACCGUGUUCAGUCUCAGCAGGACGCGAGCGAGACCGUAAUCAACCUCUUGGAGGCUCUUAACGUCACUCGCUCUACCCGCGGGGUGUCUAAGGUCAAAGGUCGUGAACCAAACACGACGGCCUGGCGUUUCCGUUCCAACACGCCUCAUCUCAAACUACCCCAGACAUUUUUGGACUACCUCUUCAACACCUCACAGGGCGUCCUGGGUUUGCACCUGGUGGGCCGUCAGAGCAGAGGCUCGGAGGCCACCCUCAUCUCCUUCACCUCCUCUACCUUCCUGCAGAAUGGCGAUCGCCCCCUGCUGGAGCUCGUCUCCAACACAAAAGCAGACAGGGUGCAGCUGGAGUUCAGGUCAGCUGACGGCAUGCGGCCGGAGGUGCUAAAGUUGCCCGCCGGGAGUCCCUUUACGAGCAGAGGUUGGGUGAGGAUGGCUCUGAGUGUGGAGCCCAGGCAGAUGGUGCUGUAUGUGGACUGCCAGGAUGCCGUGGUGCUCAAACUGAAAGAAGGGGGACGAAUCCUGACUCUGGACUUCCCACAUGAUCUGCAGGUUAUCUUCUCCAGCACUGCAGGAAAAAAGUCCAGCAAGUUCAGUGGUGGUUGGCAGACAGCUGAACUCUCCACCAGGGCAUAUGAGAGGCGUCCGUGGUUCUGUGACAAUGUAACAGACUCCCUUCCAGACACAGUCAUUCCCAUCAGUCCUACCGCAGACUGUAACCUGGAUAUGAUGCAAGAUCAGGGAGACCGUGGAGAUGGCAUAGUAUCAGCUACAAGAUACCCCACUGAAUCAAACAUGCGUCUUGGCCAACUGGAGAACAACCUGCAUAACAUCAAGACCAUGCUGGACAUGCUGAAGAGUCAGAACACGGACCUGCAUGCGAGAGUUGACUACCUGAAAACGUGUGAGUGUUCAAAACGGAAUUGCGUGUGGGAGGGACGUGAGAUGGAUGAGGGGUCCCGCUGGUCUCCUGACAGCCGCACUGUCUGUUACUGCACUCAUGGGAAAGUUCAGUGCAACCGCUUGAAUGAAUGCAGCUUUCAUGGUGAUAUCUAUAGUAAUGGUGAUGUCUUCAGCCCAGACGACUGCAACCGCUGUUCAUGUGAACAUGGCAGAGUAGAGUGUAAUGUGAAUCCAUGUCCAUCACAGUCCUGUCAGCAACCACCUGCUCCUCAGACAACCUGCUGCCCUGUCUGCCAAACAAGAUGUGAACAUGAGGGUGAAAUCUAUGAGAAUGGGAAGCAGUUUGUGUCGAGAUCAAACCCUUGCCUCCAGUGCAGCUGCUCUGUGCAGUGCGGCACAGCAUCGGCUGCUACAUUCAAAUUGUUUGUGCUUUGCCUGGCGCUGAUCCAGAGACAGAUGCGAUGUGAACAUGAGGGUGAAAUCUAUGAGAAUGGGAAGCAGUUUGUGUCGAGAUCAAACCCUUGCCUCCAGUGCAGCUGCUCUUCAGGGAAUACAGUCUGUAACACUGAGACAUGUCCUGAAAUUGCCUGUAAUUUGGUGGAGACUGUAGGUGGGCAGUGCUGUCCCAGGUGUCGAAGUUGUGUCCAGGAGAAUGUGCAGCACCAACACAGCUCUCAGUGGAAGCUUCCUAAUGACCCCUGCACGACCUGUACAUGCACGGAGGGUCUGGUUCAGUGUGAGAGUGAGCGCUGUAAUAUCCGCUGUAAUAGCCCAGCCUCUCCUCCUCCUGGAUCCUGCUGUCCUGUCUGUGACGGUUGCAGUUUGAAUGGAAUAGAUAUCCCGAACGGGAUGAGUCUGCCGCCAGGACCCGCAUGUGAUCCCACGUGUAAAUGUGAGAAUGGAAAUAUUAAUUGCGUUCAGUACCCACCCUGCCCACCGACUCCCUGUCAUAAUCCAGUCAGGAGACCAGCAGAAUGCUGUGCACGAUGUGAGGAGUGCAUUCACGAGAGCGAGGCGUACACAGACGGUCAAACCUUUGUGUCCAGACAGGAUCCAUGCUUAAGAUGUCAGUGCUCGGGUGGACAAGUGUCGUGUGAAUCUGCAACAUCUUCAUGUCCGUCUGCGAGUUGCACGCACCCAGCAAAACCACAUGACCAGUGCUGUCCGACUUGUAACACUUGUGAAUAUGAAGGAAGGGUUUAUGAAAAUGGAGAAGAUUUCAGGCCUCCUGGUGGAGGUCCAUGCAUCCAGUGUUUAUGCAAGAAUGGUAACGUGAGAUGUCAUCAGGAAAGAUGCCCACUUUUGAGCUGUGCAGUUCCCAUUCCAGCCCCGCUUAACACCUGCUGUCCAGUGUGCAGCGAAUGUACUUGGAAUGGUGUUCAAUAUGAAGAAGGAGCCACAUGGACUGACGCUGGCCAAACAUGUUCUUGUGUGGGUGGACAGGUGACGUGUCGUAGGCCUAAAAGGGGCUCGGACUGUCCCAAAAUGACCCCCGCACCCUUCCCAAAUCCCCCAGGUGGCGAUUGCUGUGGGGAUUCCUGUGGGCAGUGCCAGUACAAUCAGCGCUUGUAUGAAAACGGCCAAACGUUCAAGGACCCAGAUGAUGCCUGUAAGACGUGCACUUGUCAGGAUGGUCAGGCAACAUGUGGUUCACCUGCAUGUCCCCAACCGAGGUGUGCUAAUGCAUACACUCCUCCUGGAGAGUGCUGUCCCCGGUGUCCAGGAUGUACUUGGAAUGGUGUUCAAUAUGAAGAAGGAGCCACAUGGACUGACGCUGGCCAAACAUGUUUUUGUGUGGGUGGACAGGUGACGUGUAGUAGGCCUAAAAGGGGCUCGGACUGUCCCAAAAUGACCCCCGCACCCUUCCCAAAUCCCCCAGGUGGCGAUUGCUGUGGGGAUUCCUGUGGGCAGUGCCAGUACAAUCAGCGCUUGUAUGAAAACGGCCAAACGUUCAAGGACCCAGAUGAUGCCUGUAAGACGUGCACUUGUCAGAAUGGUCAGACAAGUUGUGCUAUGCCUGCAUGUCCCCAACCGACGUGUGCUAAUGCAUACACUCCUCCUGGAGAGUGCUGUCCCCGGUGUUCAGACUGUGAAUAUGAUGAUAACCAAAUCAUUACUAAUGGAGAAUCAUUUCCAAAUCCUUCGAAUCCAUGUGAGGAUUGUGUUUGCCAAGACGGACGUGUGAACUGUGGGAAUCAUGAGUGUCCGAGGCCGAAUUGUAACUAUCCCCGGCCGGGGACGUGCUGCCAAAACAACUGCAAUGGAUGUAGUUAUGCAGGUAAUGAGUAUCCAAAUGGAAUGGAAUUUCCUCAUCCAGUAGACAAAUGCAGGACGUGCCGUUGUGAAAAUGGUAAUGUCCAGUGUCUGAGGAAGCAAUGUCAGGUGGCAAAUUGUGCUGGUGCGUUCGUUCCAUCAGGAGAGUGCUGCCCCCAGUGUCCAGAAGCCCCUGCUGACUGCAUUUUUGAAAGACAGCGUUACAGUCACUUGCAGCAGUUCCAUCAUCCCGUUGACAGCUGUCAGUCAUGCUUCUGCACCAAUGGGGAGGUGAGCUGCCAUCGCAGGCCCUGCCCCUCUGCUGUCUGCUCUCACCCUGUAAUUCAAGAGUGCUGUCGCACAUGUGAUGCUUGCAUGUAUGAUGGCCGGGAGUAUCAGAACGGUCAGGAGUUUCCAGACCCUGCUGAUCGCUGCGGUCGUUGCGUGUGCAGGAAUGGUCAGGUGACCUGCAACAGGAGGCCAUGUCCAAACCCAGGAUGUAGUAACCCCAUCACCCAGCCGGGCCAGUGCUGUCCAGUGUGUGAUGCGUGCAUGUAUGAUGGCCGGGAGUAUCGGAACGGUCAGGAGUUUCCAGACCCUGCUGAUCGCUGCAGUCGUUGCAUGUGCAGGAAUGGUCAGGUGACCUGCAACAGGAGGCCAUGUCCAAACCCAGGAUGUAGUAACCCCAUCACCCAGCCGGGCCAGUGCUGUCCAGUGUGUGAUGGUACCGUAUAA